GAACAGCCACGACUUUCUACUGCGACGAGAAACAAGAAGUUGAAGGGGGUUUCCUCGAUCUUUUCCACCAUGAAGAGCCUGGUUAACCCUGUUCGCACCAGCACAGGCGGAGGGACAGGGACUGCAACUACAUCCAGCGCGGUCUAUUGCACGACGAGCAAAUUCGCGUCUACCACUAGCACCAGCGGCCAUGGUCGUGUAGAAGUCCCCAGCUACGCCACCGCAGCGGAGUGUUUGCACGCUUUGCGAAACACGUUGCGGAAGAUACCGAAGACUAACGCCACUGCCGACCGCAACCGGAGAAAACGCCUGCUGGUGGACGUGCUAAGUACCUACUACCGGCAGCCAGAAUUGUCUUCAUGCUGGUGGAGCAGCAGUGCUUGCGGUCCACCUGGACAUGCAGAUAAAACGCAUGCAGUUUCGGAACCGCAGCCUAGCGAGGAGGAGCCACCAGCCCAAGAACGACGCAAAAAUAUUUGGCGCAAGACGCGGGACCUAUGUUUAUGUCUUCAACGGUCGAUAGCGUACAUAAGGGUGAAUUUGCAGUGAAUUUGUAUUGCAUGGCUUGCAUUUACAUUUAGUUAAAAGAGAAGUGCGCUGCGUAUGGACACGAGCCCAAGCAUCCCACACAGCGCGGAGGGCUGCUCAUCGCGUGGUGGCGCUUGCGGGACCGAGAGAAGUGGUCUUUCGAGGGCCCGCCGGGCUGUGUAGUGCGUAUUUAACGACCAGAGAAGGUGGAUCGGGGGGCUCUUAUUCUUCUGCGCGUCUGCCUCAGAAGUGCCUCUCCGGAAUGGUCGAAAGGGACGGAGGGCGACGCCUGAACACAGGGGCACUAGUUCAACGCGUGCGCUCUCAUGAGUUGCGGUCGUGGCUUGGAAUUGGAUAUCUGGGAG